AUGAGCAAGAAUAAACCCAAACCAACCGAUUCUAAGCCGUAGUUAUCAAGUAUGCUUGCCUCAUUUAUAGUUUAUAGAAGCAGAAUUGGAGGCUUAAAAUAAGGCUAAAUAAGUUAACGAUGUUGAAAAUGAGGCGUACAAGGUAUUAUAAUUUUGAAACUCCUCUAGAAAUAAAUGAGAGAAGAAAUUAGAUUACUUAAAACAGACAUNGUAUGAUUUUACUAAAUUAUAAGUAGUAGGGAGACGCAAAUAUGAUUAUAGUUUACAUCAAUAAUUUGAGAGAUCUUUUGGUGUUUUAAUCUUUCGUUAUUAAGUUUAUUAGAAUCGAUUAAAAAUAGUAAAUGUAAAAUCAUGAAUGA